AAAAUACAAAUCCGACCCGAUCUGAUAUCCAGCCGAUAGUCAUAUCGAUCCUCGAUAGCAUCCUCGAUAUGGCCGUCGAAAUAAUCGACAAAAAUCAACUUCAUUUGGAUAAAUUGGUAGAGAAAGCGGAAAGUCCUCUGGAACUGACCCGAUUGGUUCCCGAAUUCAAAACGCGCAUGCGAUGCAACACCGCCGAUACGGUCACAACGCUGUACGUACCGAAAAUCAUGCAAACGUCGUCCAGCGACAACCUCAUCGACGCCAGGAACUUCGUGGAGGAGUACGAGGAGUAUCAUGAAUCAUGUUCCGAGAUACAGGAUGCAGAAUUGGCCAUAGGGCAGGUCAUGAACGAACUAAGCGUAACCGUCGAUCGCAUCAUCACCGAAAAGCAAAAGAAUAAAAAGAAAAAAGACAAAUCCGUCAAACACGGCGGCGUUAUCAGCUUGAUUCCCAUCGAAACCGAUUCGAACGCCGAGGAUGAAUCGGACAUCGUUCAGAAUGAUAAGCGGCUGCUGGAAGUGGGAGCGAUGUACAACAUCCCAAAAAAUCUGUUCCUCAGCACCGAAAUGACGGAAAUUACGGAACAGACGAUCGACGAGUUGCACAGGAACGACGAGAAUGCGGAGAACAAUCCGGAUAUGGUCGAACAGAGUGUCGUGGUGGUGAAUCUGUCGAAAGAGGGGAAGGUGGAAGAUGAUGACGAUGUGUAUAGGCCGAUCGCCGUCAGUCCCGAUGGGAGGUUCUUUAAAUAUGAAGAAGAGAUUGGACGGGGAUCUUUCAAAACUGUCUACAGAGGGUUAGAUACGCAAACGGGCGUCGCCGUAGCUUGGUGCGAGCUGCAGGAGAAGAAACUAAAUAAGGCUGAGCGGCAGAGGUUCAGAGAAGAGGCCGAGAUGUUGAAGAAACUGCAACAUCCGAACAUAGUGAGGUUUUAUAACUACUGGGAAUCGCCGGGGAUAAAGAAAAAGAACAUCGUACUAGUCACUGAACUAAUGUUGAGUGGAACACUAAAAGCGUAUUUGCGAAGAUUCAAAAAGAUCAACCCAAAAGUACUGAAAUCGUGGUGCAGGCAAAUUCUGAAAGGCCUAGCCUUCCUUCACUCCAGGUCACCACCAAUCAUACACAGGGAUUUGAAAUGUGAUAAUAUUUUUAUUACCGGAGGUACAGGGUCUGUCAAAAUUGGUGACUUGGGUUUGGCCACGUUAAAGAACAGGAGUUUUGCUAAAUCGGUAAUUGGUACUCCUGAAUUUAUGGCUCCAGAAAUGUAUGAAGAACAUUAUGAUGAGGGCGUAGAUGUUUAUGCCUUUGGAAUGUGCAUGUUGGAGAUGGCUACCAGCGAAUAUCCCUAUUCAGAGUGCACUGGACCUGCGCAGAUCUACAAAAAAGUCAUUUCGGGAAUAAAACCUGCGAGCUUUGACAAAGUCCAAAACCCGGAGGUGAAAGACGUCAUAGAGAAUUGCAUAAAACCGCGAAAAGAGGACAGGCCCAAAGUUAAGGAUUUGUUGAAUCACGCCUUUUUCGAAGAAGACGUCGGAUUGAAGGUCGAGGUCGUCUCACAAGAAAGCAAAAAAAUUGUCUUUCGUUUGCGUGUCAUCGAUCCCAAAAAGAGAACCCACAAACACAAGGAAAACGAAGCCAUACAAUUCGAGUUCGAUAUGGAAAUGGAUAGGUGCAAUACUGUAGCAGAAGAAAUGGCAAAAUCUGGAAUCAUAUUCGAGGAUGACGCCAAGACAGUAGCACAACUCUUGAAAACGCAGAUCACCCAAAUAACUAAGGACAGAGAGAAAAAGACAAAGGAGGAGGAAGCACUAGCUCAACAACUGCAGUAUCAACAGUACAUUCAACAGCAAGUUGAACAGCAGAUAUCUCAGCAGCAGCAGCAACAACAACAGCAGCAGCAACAACAACAGCAGCAACAACAACAACAACAACAGCAGCAGCAAGCUCAAUCUGCAGUUUCCCAACAGGCCCAACCUCAACAACAAUCGCAACCGCAAUCUCAAACAUUAACUGGCUAUCCUCAGACGCAGCAAACUCCCCAAUACACUCAACAACAAUCGUACCAACAGCAAAAUUAUCAACAAGGACAGCAAGUUAUUCAGUCUAACGAGCAACAAAUUCAAUACCAACAAGAUCAGCAGUACCAACAGCAACCUCAACAACAUACUAUAGAACAACAACAAGUGCAACAGCAGGAACAGGCUAUGCAAAGCCAGUAUCUCCAACAGCAGACUCAGCCACCAGACAGUUCUGUAAUAUACACCCAACAGCACUCUGUUAUACAGGAUCAACAACAGGCUGCUUACCAACAGAAGCAAGUACCACAAGAAGGUCACCAAAAUGCGCCUGUAAUGCAAAGGCAAACUUCCGUGGAACCAGUUCAGCAACAACCUAUUAUUCACAAACAACCAGCUCCUACUCAUUUCGUACAACAAAACUUCAUAGAGGGGCAACCACAGCAAGCUGAAUACCUACAGAUACAGUCUCAACAGCAACAUCAAGAUCCUCAACAUAAAGUUUCUAGCGUUUCACAACCUGAAAACCUGCACAGUGCUCCACAACCACACGAACAUAGAUUAAGUGUCGAUAGCCAGCUAGAUGCAGUACAGGAUCAACAAUCGCUUGGAAAUUUUCAACAACAGAAUUUUCAACAACAGCCUACCUAUGCUCAAGUGGUACAACAUCAGCCGCCUGUUCAAAAUUAUCCGCCUCAACAGCAAGGUUAUCAACAACAACCUUCUGCAACAAUGACUAAUUACCCUCCUCCACACAGUUAUCCGUCUCAAGACAGCCAGAAUUAUCAACAACAAAACUUCCAACAACCACAGCAACAAAAUUAUUCACAGAGCCAGCAACCUGAACAAGUUUUGCAUAUCAUCCAAGGGAGUCAACCAUUUGUGGCACAACAACAAACUUAUCCACAACAAAGUCAACAACCUCCUCAGCCUACUUAUCCACAGCCUGCACAAGCUAAUUUCGCAGCUCCACAGACUACUUACCAACAAAAUUAUACCCAACAAUCUGGGAAUAGUUACCCUACUCAACAGCCACCACCUCAGACAACUUAUCCUCCGCAGCAACAGGUUAAUUAUCCCCAACAGACUCAGCAACAGAACUUUCAAGGUCAACAGAUUCAACAAAAUGAGCAGCCACAAGUUUACCAGCAGCAGCCGCCACAACAGCAAUUUGUACCUCCUCAAAAUAUCGACCCUAGUCAACAGUACAUGCAACAGAACGUCGAUCCAAACCAUCAGUAUAUGCCACAACAGAGUAUUGAUCCUAGUCAACAGCAAUACAUUCAGAAACAACUAGAACCAAAUCAGCAAUAUAUUCCUCAAAGUAUUGACCAACCGCAGCAAGUGCAGUCGGUCGAGCAACCUCAGCAGUAUGUUCAGCAGCAGUCCACUCAACCGGUCGAGCUGAACGUCGGCACCCCUCCGAUCAAUUUGGUGGAGCUGCAACAGAAGUUGGCUCAGCAACACCUGCAGCCCUCCAAAGAGCAGCACAGGGCUUCGACGGCCUCUCUUCCUCCUAUGCCCACAUUUGACCAGCAACAGCCCGAUCAUAGGAGGUUGUCAACGAUAUCUCAGCCCGCUUUGAUGCAGGAGUACGUGCAGAGCCAACAACAGAUGGUAGAUUCGCAUUUGAAAACAGCCCAGGUUCUACCACAGAAGCUCCAAGAAUCUCAAUCCUUAUCUGCAGAAAACGCAAGUGGCGCUAUCCCACCUUAUCCCCCAUUGGAAACCAUCCGCUCUGGCGAAGCGCUUAGCCAUAAUUCGCAGGAAAUCAGCCAUACUCCAGUCAUAACAGACGAUUCUCUAGACCAACAAAGAGACGAUUCCAGUGGACAGACAUUCGUAAAGUCGAUUUACGCCGAUCCCGCUCCAGUCCAAGACGAUUUCCAAGGCAUCAAAACUUCCCUAACGGAAAACAUCUACCAGAACUUUCGCUGUCGCGAAAGCCUCAACUCUAGCGGUACUGUAUCGCGUAAGACUAGUACUGCUUCAGAAUACACUCCCGAACACACUUACAUAAUCAAUAAGCCUCCCACUCAUCUCGAGCAAACUAACGUUAGUUAUGUAACUGAAAGUGUCCCCCUAGAAAUGUCUAGUGUUCCUGUAGACUUAGGAACUAAAACCUUAACAGGUAGUCCGCCUAGAAGUUCUCUUUCUGAUAAUACUGAUCACACUGACGCUUUCAAAGCUGAACUAAACAAUAGCUUGCUGCAGAAGGACGCUCCUAAAUUUACACCCGUGCCUGGGCAAAAGGUUAAUUUGAAAGUGUUUGUCAUGUCUGUAGAUCAGAAUUCAGAUGCUAAAAUUGAAGAAUGUUUGCCCAUGGCUGAGACUCCCAAAGAAAGAAUCAUUGAAGUGAAACUCGAAGAUGAUAGGGUCGAAAAAUCAUCCUCUCAAGAGAUGGAAAUCACUAGCGAGAAACUACACGAACCGGCUUUAAGGGUACCGCAAAGAAAAAUCUCUAGAUUUUUGGUGAGCCCCGUAUUAUCGGGACAAUUAAAUCUUCCUAAGGAUAAAGAUUUCGGCCCUGAUAAUACUCCACCGAAUAUUCCUGAGAGUAUGCAUCAAAUAGAGAAACAUACAGAAAUCCCUCCUCAUCAACACACUGAAGUAAAAUCAGUCAUUCCUACGAAUGUAAUUGCUUCUUCAGAACCUUUAAGAAAGAAUUCUGCUCCACUGGAACAUACACGAAUGGAGCUAGAAAAACCAGAACCUAAAAUGAGCGUAUGUUCUUUAAAAGAAGAAAGCACUUGUGGUAAAGAAGAACCAGUUCAAAUCGGCCCCGAACACAUAAACACUUUGGAGCAAUUAAAAAUUAGUUUGGAUAAUUUAAAACACAGUAGUCAUCCUAAAAAAGAUUCAGGAGAAUCCGAUUCAAAGAAAGUUUCUUCUGGUAUCGAUGUAAGUGUAAAAUCAUCAGCUGUAGCGCCUCAACCGUCUCCAUCUCAGUUUAUAUCUCAGACAGGACCCGCUCAAUCUCAGGGAACUGUACAACCGGCACAGCAAAAUUAUCCUCAAAAUGUUAUAUCUUCACCACCGUCUCAACCUCAAAAUCAACAUCAACAACAAUUACCACCAUCUAAUCAACAAAUACCGCAAACCCAAUCAACUUUACCUCAGUCGCAACCCCAACAACUCACACAAGCUCCACCACAGUCGGUGCCACAAACUCAAAACUUGCCUCCGACUCAACAAAUACCUCAAAGUCACCAACCAGUGCCACAAACUCAGCAUCAACCUGUGCAAGUGCCAUCUCAACAGCCGUUGCUUCAACCGUCGCAGCAACAAUAUACUCAAAAUCAACAGCAAUUGCCUUCUCAACCGCAGCAAACAUUGCCUGCACAACCUACGCAGCAAUUACAGACUCAACAACAGUUGCCGUCUCAGCACCAACAGAUGUCAAGUCAGCAACACCAGUUGCCGACUCAGCAGCAACAGAUACCGACUCAGCAACACCAGUUGCCAAGUCAACAGCAACAGAUACCGACUCAACAGCCACAGCAGCAAGUGACUUCUCAGCAGCAGCAGCAGCAGCAGCAGCAACAGUUUACGCAACAGCAACAAUUGUCGCAGCAACAAAUGUUACCGCCUUCGCAUCAGCAGCAUGUACCCCAGCACCAAUUGCCUCAACAACAGCCUCAUGUAACUUCACAGCAACCGGUGAUACCGCAACAGAUGCCACAACAAAAACAUCAAUUGCCGCAACAACAGCAGCCACAGUUGUUGCAACAACAUCAACCACAGUCACAGUUGCCCCUGCAGCCUCCGUUAUCUCAACAGCAGCCUCCGUUAUCACAAUCGCAGCCUCCUUUGCCACAGCAACAACCUCCUUUGCCACAGCAGCAGCCUCAGAUGCCACAGCAACAGCCUCAGAUGCCACAGAAGCAGUCUCAGAUGCCACAGCAGCAGUCUCAGAUGCCACAGCAGCAACCUCAGAUGCCACAGCAGCAGCCUCAGAUGCCACAGCAGCAGCAGCAGCCGCCUCAGAUGUCACAGCAGCAGCAGCCGCCUCAGAUGUCACAGCAGCAGCCUCAGAUGUCACAGCAGCAGCCUCAGUUGGUCCAACACCAACCUCAUUUGACGCAAACGCAGCCUACGUUGCCACAACAACAUGUACCGCAGCAGACACAAUUAGUACAUCAGCAACAAUUACCUCAGCAACAACCUGUAAUAGCACAAACACAAUCUGUGCCGCCACCUCAACAGUAUCAACAGCAACAGCAUUUACCGCAGACUCAGCAGCCGUUGCCGCAAACUCAGUUACCACCUUUGAACACCAAUCAGCCCCAACCUUCUAUUGUAACCAGUAUCGCUAAUUCGAUACCCCAACAAAAUUACGUACACGUGUCAUUACCGCAGCAGUACGUGAGUACUCCCACGCAUCCUAUGAACAUAACCAGUGCUUCCUUGUCGCAUCAAACUCAACUUGUGAUGAGCGGUUCGAUUCCAAGUCAGCCAAUAUCUGUGCCAUUGUCGCAGCCGUUGUCGAGUAGUGUGCCACAACAUGAUGUUCCGAUGUCUUGUCCUCAAUCUCAUAUGAUAGCUACCAGUGUAAACACAACUAUUCCUCCUAUGACUAGUCAACCAGCCAUGCUUCCACCUGAAAUAACACAGCAACCUAUCCAAACUGUUCCUCAAACCUACCAACAGCCAUCAGUCGCACCUAUUUCCCAACAGCAUAUCGUCGCAAGCCAACAACCGGCCAAAUCGCAAACAAUGCCAAGUUCACAAGGAGUACCGACCACUCAACAAAUGGUUAUGAACAUUAGUCAACCCAUUGAUAUGCAAGCCGUCUAUCAACAACCUGUGUAUGCCGCACAUCAGAUGUCUACUUCUGUUUCCGUGCAGAAUUUUUCUGCGCAACAAUCACACGGCGGAUUCCAGCAUUCGAUGUCCGUUGACGAUACUCUGCAGAAUUAUGCCGCAGUUAAAAAAGUACCGGAGAAUCUCAAUCAGAUAUUAGAGAGUUCCAAUAAAGCUAGUCAAGCUUCGACGCCCCAAAACGACGUCAAAUACGAUGCUCAGCUUCAGAGUUUACAACACAAGUUAUCCGCUAUUCCCACAGCUAGAACGUCUCAAUCAAAUACUGCGCCAUCUAGUCCCCAACUGAUAAUCGCUUCGCCAGAGUUUCCGCAAGAAAACGCGCCUACUAAUGCAAUUGUUAAUUUAAGCAAACUACAAUUAGAUUCGACUAGCGGUCCUAGCAGCGGAACAACAACUUCAGACAUUCUCUCGCCAAUAAUAGAACCAGAAAAUUCCACGUUCGCCACCGCUGUUCCCGAAGAUCCGCUUAUAGAAUUGAAUAACAAGUUAAAGCAGAUUAACUCUAGGUCCGACAAUAUCGAGAAAAAGGAAUCGGUUGUUGCGGAGCAACAACAUGAAUUUAAGGGAGACAGUAACAUCGUUAACGCUAACGUAAAGCAAGAAGUAACGGGCGGAACACCGGUCGAUGGAACUAACGUUAACGUUGGUAACCAGCCUCCGACCGGUGGCGAUACAGCCCAACCGACGAGAGAAAGAAGAGUCUCUCGCUUCCAGGUUAGCCUCGUUUCCGAGCAAGCAGAUAAGAGUAAAGGUGAAACUUCCGAAUAUGGUAGAAAGGAUAGCACAAUUUCAACAGAAUCGGAAACUAGACGAGAAGCUGACUUCGCUACAGUUAUUAAUACCACUUUCGAUUCCUUAAAAACCACUUUAGUUAAAUCUUGGCCUACAGGCAGUGCAGAAGAAGUGCACUCAGAAGAAGAGGAACAGGUAUCUAAUAUAAAA